GGGACCCCGGCGGGGCAGCGGCGGGAGGCGCGGCCGCGGUGCGGCGGUGAUGGGCGCGCCGGUUCCGCCCCGUGCCGCGCCGAGCGCCGCCCCGCAGCGCGGCUUGGGAGAGCGGUGGCGGCGGGGGGGACCCGCACUGAUCCCCGUCCCCCCGCCCGGCCCGGCCCGGCCCGCUCCGGUCCGAUCGCAGCAGCCGCAUGUCGGGGCCCGGGGCGCAGAGCCGCAGCCGGCGGCUGCCCGCUGACAUGGAGCAGGCCCAGCGGAACCUGGAUGCAGAGCAAGUGCAGCAGCAGCAGCAGCUGAAGCUACGGGACAGGCAGAAGUUCUUUGAGGAGGUUUUCCAGCAUGAUGUGGAUUUCUUCUUCCCAAUGUCUCACCUGCAGAUAGAGCACCGGAGACCCCCCUUAGGCAGCAUUUCCUCCAUGGAGGUGAACGUGGACAUGCUGGAACAGAUGGACGUGCUGGACCUGUCAGACCAGGACACUGUGGAUGUGUUUCUGGGCUGUGGGACAGAGGAGAGCAGCAUUGCUGGAUCUCUGCCAGGGGCAGAUGCCAGCCAGUGCUCAGAGGAGAUCACCCUGCAAGUGCCCAAUGCAGCUGAGAGCAAGUCUCGCAUUUCCUCCACGUCCUCUGCCUCCACGGAUCUGAACAGCCUGGACACCAGCGAGGAGGGGGCUGAGACCCCCGUGGUGCAGUCGGAUGAGGAGGACCUGCAGGAGGACAGUCCCAAAGAGCAGGUGGUGAGAAGCUAGCAGCCAGCUUUGCCCUGCUCCCAGCCUCCUCUGUACGGACUUGCCAGCCCAGAAGGAAAGCUGCUGGUGCUCAGUUAACCCCGUCCUGGACUGCUGCCCUGCCAGAGGGGAGAGAUGGUUUUCCCCUCCUCUCCCUCCACGUGCUCUCCUGGCAGCCAGAGGAGAAGGAAAGGGGUAUUGUAAGCUCCCAAAAUUAACUCUUCAGGCUUUGCUGCUAACACUCCCUGCUUCACUUCCCACCCUCCCUAAAAUGCUCAGCAUCCCACAGCCCCACCAUCCCCAGAAAGCCAUCCCUUAGGAUCUCAGUUCCCCCUGCCCUACUGACAAAGGUUCUGGCCAGACGAGCACUUAACGACGGCACAGAGAAAUACACUGAUCUAACCAA